AUGACCGACCUCUGGAAGCCCCUUUCCCCUCGCAGAUUCCCCCUGCGCACAACCAGUAUCCUCGUCUCCGCCUACAUCUUCCUCUCCCUCCUCGCCAUCCGCCACUACCAAACCACCAGCCACCGCGACCCGACAUCCGUCUUCUUCGACCCCAGCCGCGCCUACAAAAAGCACUACUCCUCCACCCGACUGUCCGAAGCCCAAUCCUUCCUCAACACAGCCGGCGCCUUACCACGCGCCCAACCACCCAGUGCGCAGCUCCCUACCCUCUGUAUCGGAAUUGUAACAGUCCGUCGCCGAGAUGAGCAGUAUGUCGGAUUAACCGUCGCAUCGCUGCUAGGUGGUCUUUCCAAGGCAGAGAGGGAUACUCUCCUCUUAUACCUCCGCAUCGCGAAUACGAAUCCUGCGGAACACCCCGUAUACGCGGAGGAAUGGACCGAGACGCUCCCGGAUCGAUUAUUGACGUAUUCGCGUACGGAUCCUGAUUUUGAGCAGCUGCAGCAGUGGGAAGAGGGUGGGUGGUAUAGGAAUAAACCUAUCUAUGACUAUACGGCGUUGUUAAGGGAAUGCUAUGACUCCGGUGCGGAGUAUGUUGCUAUGAUUGAGGACGAUACGUUGGCUGUUAAGGGGUGGUUUCGUGCGCUGGUUAAUGCUCUUGAGGGCGUUCAGGAGAAGGCCAGGGGAGAGUGGGUUUAUCUACGGCUGUUUUAUAUGGAGAGUCUGCUGGGGUGGAAUGGGGAGGAGGUGCCGGUGUACUUCUUCUGGUCGGUUGUUGUGUGGGCGGUGGUUACGGGAGUUGUGGUUCUUGCAAGGGCACGGUUUAAGAUAUGUCGGAGAUUGCCGAAUACUGUUGUUUGGCUUAUCUCGUGUGUGUUUGUACCAUCGGCCAUUAUGCUCUUUUGCGUGGCUGGUCGGCAGACGGUGUGGCCUAUUCCCACUGGUGUCAGUGAGAUGAAGAAGUAUGGAUGCUGCUCACAAGGCCUGGUUUUUCCUCGGUCUAUAAUCCCACGGUUUCUUGACAAGACUGAUCUGACCACUGACUGGCUCGUUGAUAUGAUGGUGGAACAAAUUGCUGACAGCCAGGGCUGGUCGAGGUGGGUUCUUGUUCCGCCGUUACUACAGCAUAUUGGGGCGACCAGCUCCAAGGGAUAUGGCUUUGAUGAUACGGCGAGUAGUAUUUGGAACUUUAGGUUUGAAGAGUAUAAGUUAUAG